CUCUGCAGGAGGAUUUGAACAGGAGGCUCUUCGGGCAGCACCUGGUGAACAAGGUGGUUGUGAAGGCCGUGAGGGGCUUCUUGAACAACACCAACACCAAAAAGCCUCUUGCCCUUUCCUUGCACGGGUGGACCGGAACAGGCAAGAACUUUGUCAGCAAGAUAGUCGCCGAAAGCAUUUAUAAGAGAGGUCUGCAGAGUAAAUACGUCCAUCAGUUCGUGGCAACUUUACACUUCCCUCAUGCGCACAGCAUCAAUCUCUACAAGGACCAGUUGCAGUCAUGGAUUCGAGGAAAUGUGAGCAUCUGUCCCAGAUCACUUUUCAUAUUUGAUGAAAUGGAUAAAAUGCAUGCAGGGCUCAUCGACUCCAUCAAGCCAUUCCUGGACUACUAUGAGCUUCUGGAUGGGGUGUCCUACCGACAAGCCAUCUUCAUAUUCCUCAGCAAUGCAGGAGCUGAAAAGAUAACAGAGGUGGCACUAGAUUUCUGGAGAAACGGGAGGACAAGGGAAGAAAUACAGCUCACAGAUAUACAAAACGCACUGUCUGUGUCCGUCUUCAAUAACAAAAAUAGUGGAUUUUGGCACAGCACCUUGAUUGACAGGAAUCUCAUUGACUACUUUGUUCCCUUCCUGCCUCUGGAAUACAAACAUGUGAAAAUGUGUGUCCGGGUUGAGAUUGAGUCACGUGGCUACGCUGUGGAUGAAGACAUUUUAACCAGAAUAGCUGAUGAAAUGACCUACUUCCCCAGAGAGGAGAGAAUUUAUUCAGAUAAAGGAUGUAAAACUGUGGAUGCAAAGCUGGAUUAUUACUAUGACUUCUAAUGCUUUAUUGCUACAACCUGCAAAGAAGCAAAUUUAACUUAAUCACAACAUGAAGAACCCAGGACAUUUCAUUUUUAAGCACUUUUUAAAGAAAAGAACGUUAUUUUUUAACUGGUGUGGGAAUAAGCGGCAGUGCCUCUGCAUUUUUAUUCUGGCACUACUCACGGCUCCCAGGUACUUCAGCCUCGUGUUGCCAAGGUAAGAAAGAAAUCCGGCGUGAACGCGGGGGUCUGUGCCUGACAGUGCCGAAGACCCCUC